AUGGCCAGCGCCGAGAAUCCGCACGGUGGUGUUGACACUUCAGCGACCUCCCCGCCCUUGCUACCUGCUGUUGCCGAAAGAGACGGGAACGAGCUUGUCGCGUCCGGUGUAUCGGGCGGGGUCCACACCGCAUCAACUGUGCACGACAUACCAAGCGCAGGCUCUACACCGCCGUGGGGUACCCAGCUGGGCGACCGUCUGGAGACAAUGAUGUCCAUAUCUACGGCUCCGUCGGACUCGCUUCGAACACCAAUGACCCCAUCGACGUUGGCUCGACCGUUUGAACUGGGAGCCUUGGCUGACGAGCGCAUGGUAUCGUUUACGCAGUCGCCAGCCACCAUGUCUCCCGCUAUGUUGACGCACAAGUCCCAUCCGUUCCGACAGUCACACUUGCCCAACAACAAUACCGACAAGGGCGGUGCUUUCCUGCAGGACGACCACCCUCGUAGUGUAGCGACUUCCUCAAAGCACCGCCCUAGCCCGCUGGAAAUCACGUCCAGGGACCCCGUCGACAUUGAGGCAGCGCAGCUGACAGGAGGAAGCACGCACAGCUCGCUCAGCAGCGACUUGAUGGAUCUCUCGACACUGCGGAAAUCAGUGCACCAGAACCUCCGCGAACGUCCUCUUAACGUGACCAUCACCGACAGCGACGGCGAGUCCAUCUCAAGUGGUAUCAUCUCGCCUGUCGACUCUGCGCCAUCCCUCACGGCCGCGCAGACGAUCGCACUCGUCCGUUCCUCGCCACAAUUCCUCAUGGCCGAUAUCCGACCACUCGACGACUUUCUUGCUGGACAUUUGCACGGCGCCGCCAACUUCUCUAUCCCCUCGCUCAUCUUGAACCGCCUGCGCCAUCAGACAGUGGACAUUUGCCAGAACACUUGGGUCGAUCUCGCCCGUUUCGUCAGCACUGUUGCCGGACAGACCAUGUGGGAAAGCAUCGACGUUGGCAAGCACGUGGACGUUGUUGUCGUUGGUGACGAGAUGGACGAGGACCGGCCUCGCGCCCUCGCUGCUGUGCUGGCGCCACUCGUCACAAUCGGUACCGUCUCCGUGCUGCACGGUGGCUGGGCGGCGAUUGCAGAACAUGCGCACUCGAGUGGCCUGGUGGUCAUGGGCGAGCAGAGCGUCAACGUCUGGCCUCGCAGCAGCAGCACCUCGAGCUCAAUGAGUGCCAAAACAAUUACACCAACACAAGCCCUCACUGUAAUGACGCCAUCGCCCGAGGACGCGACGAUGAUUUCGCCCAUCGCCACCUCGCCGGUCAACUCGUCGGCGGCACCAGCCCCGAGCCAGACCGGCGUCCGGUCUGUCUCGGCAUUACGAAUCGGCAGCCCACGACGAACCUUGCCCUCUCUGUCCAUGGGCCCAUCGCCGACAUCGCCAGGACGAAGACCUCCAAGGCUGCAACUCAACCUUGACAACGCAAAGGCUGCUGGCAAAAUGUCCAUGGCACCGCCUUUGAGAUCUGGGCGCCUCAAGCCAGCACAGCUUACCAUUGAUGUUGGAUCCAGUCGACUUUCCCCAGCAAGCUCGCCCGGCGCACAUUCCAGCGGGAUGGGGCUUACACCACGCGCUGCUGGAAUGGACACGGGUGGCUUGCCUACCGCCUAUGCGCAACCGCAUCUCCUCACGCCCAUCCAACCGUCAGCCAACUACCCGACCCACCCUUCCUCUCCCGGUCUGCCCAUGUCGCUAUCGACGCCGCCUGCACGCGUGCAGCUUCCGAUUGAGAUAUCGACCAUCCUCCCCUCGUUCCUCUACCUCGGUCCUGAGAUCACCACACAUAACGAUGUCGAGGAGCUCUUGGCACUCGGUGUGCGGCGAAUAUUGAACGUCGCUAUUGAGUGUGAUGACGAUGAGGGACUAGGUCUGCGCACAAAGUUUGAGCGAUACUAUCGCAUCCCCAUGAAGGACACUGUGGAGGAGUCGGGAGUGAACCAGGGUAUCCGCGAAGCGUGCAAGCUCCUCGAUGACGCUCGGCUACACUCUGCUCCUGUCUAUGUGCACUGCAAGGCUGGCAAGUCGCGUUCGGUGACGGCCGUCCUGGCCUAUCUGAUCCACGCCAACGCCUGGACGCUCCAGACCUCGUACCAAUACGUCUCCCAGCGGCGACGCGGCAUCUCACCCAACAUCGGGUUCGUUGCCGAGCUCAUGGAGUUUGAGGCUGCCGAGCUGGGUCAUAAGCAGUCUGCCGGGGUGCAUGGCGAGGCCGACUUGAGCAAGUCGCAGCCGGCCCAGGCGGGUAUGGGCGGCAACGACGACGACGAGCCGCUCGUCGCACGCGAGCCGAGGGUCGGACCGAGGUACACGCGCGAGUCGCUCCCGCCAGAGUUUGGCAGCGAGCGACUCAUCAAAGACGACCCGGCGUCGCCAGUAGAUGAGCUGCCCGAGCACACCCCCGAUGGCGGCCAUGGCCGCCGCGGCCGCGUCUCUCACGCCGACAUUGAGAUCCGCAAGAACGGACAAUGGGUCCACAGACGGGCUCCCGUGGACCGCACCACUCUCCAACCCGGCAGACGAGUGUCCAAGGCUGGACUAGAGUCGAUGGUGGUGCGCCCACUCGCGCGCGCAGAGGACUAG